UGCUCGCGGGAGGGUGGGACGUUGCAGCCGCUCUUGUUGUUCAUUGGUCCGGUAAUUCCAUGGGGUGGGACUUGGCUGGGCCUAAAUUCGAUCCGCGGUCCGGGACCGGCUUCUGGGCAAAGCUACCAUGCGUCCUGGGGGCCGCGGGCGGCCCCGGCUACGGCUCGGGGAACGCGGCCUCUUGCAGCCACCUUCACCGCCCAAACGCCGCCUGCUGCCGCGGGCGCAGCAGCUACCGCUGCUGCUGCUGGCGCUGGCCGUGGCCUCGGCGUUCUACACCAUCUGGAGCGGUUGGCACCGCGGGACUGAGGAGCUGCCGCCCGGCCGGGAGCUGCGGGGCCCAUUGAUCGCGAGCCUCCCCGAAGCCCGAAUGCGGAAGGUGGUGGGGCAACUGGACCCACAGCGUCUCUGGAACACUUAUCUGCGCCCCCUGCUGGUUGUGCGAACGCCGGGCAGCCCAGGCAAUCUCCAAGUCAGAAAGUUCCUGGAGGCCACUUUGCGGACCCUGACGGCAGGCUGGCAUGUGGAGCUGGACCCCUUCACAGCCUCCACGCCCCUGGGACCACUGGACUUUGCCAAUGUGGUGGCCACACUGGACCCAGGGGCUGCCCGUCACCUCACCCUUGCCUGCCAUUAUGACUCGAAGCUCUUCCCAUCGGAGUCAGCCCCAUUUGUGGGGGCCACGGAUUCGGCUGUGCCUUGUGCCCUGCUACUGGAGCUGGCCCAGGCCCUGGACCAGGAACUGCGUAGAACCAAGGAUCAGGCAGCCCCAGUGACCCUGCAGCUGCUCUUCUUGGACGGCGAAGAGGCGCUAAAGGAGUGGGGACCCAAGGACUCCCUCUAUGGCUCCCGGCACCUGGCCCAGCUCAUGGAGUCUGCACCCCACAGUCCUGGCCCCACCAGGAUCCAGGCUAUUGAGCUCUUUAUGCUUCUUGAUCUCCUGGGAGCCCCCCACCCAACCUUCUACAGUCACUUCCCCCGCACAGCCCGCUGGUUCCAUCGGCUGAGGAGCAUCGAGAAGCGCCUGCACCGUUUGAACCUGCUACAGUCUCAUCCCCAGGAAGUGAUGUACUUCCAGCCCGGGGAGCCCCCUGGCUCUGUGGAAGAUGACCACAUCCCCUUCCUCCGCAGAGGGGUCCCGGUGCUCCACCUCAUCUCCACGCCCUUCCCCUCGGUCUGGCACACCGCUGACGACUCUGAGGCCAAUCUGCACCCACCUACGGUGCACAACCUGAGCCGCAUCCUCGCCGUGUUCCUGGCCGAAUACUUGGGGCUCUAGCCUGCAGGGUUGACUGAAGGAGAAAGACCCAGCAGGGAAUGUGCCAGGGGCCCCGGGAGCCGGCGGAGCUCAGGCCGGGCCCACCUCGGGGGUGCUGGCUCGUCCUAAAAAAUGCCUUUGGCUCUGCUUGUGCUGUUACUGGAAGACCCUUCUCUCCUUUUGAGCAUCUCAAGCUGCCACUCUUCAAAGACAUGGGAGAGACCGCUGUGGGUGAGAGCCAAAGGAAUAAGAGCUUGGGUCCUGCUCUGAGGGAGACAUUGGGCUGAAAAAGUUCGCAAGGGCAACUGCUAUUCUUGGUUUUAGCCAGCAAACCACGGACUGGCAUCUGGACCAGCACCAUCACCUGACCCAGUGAAUUCUCUGGGGCUGUUUUUGUGGCAGUUCAUUCUCAGAGUGUCAGCCUCGCUAUUGCACCGGUCCAAACCCGGCGCCCACGUGGAUGUGCCACGUGGGGCCACAGAGGGUGUGCUCGCAAGCAGGAGCAGGAGGUGGAAGCCAAUACUUGGGAACUCCAGGUUCUGCAGACCCAAGAGGCAAUAAUCUCGUGUUUCUGCAAAACAUGUUCUGCAGAACGACCCUGAUAGGUGCUGCAUGAAAAAAGGGACCAAGGAAGAAGGGCGAGCCAUUAAAUGAGUUCAUCGCACAAUGUGAUUUUCAGUGGAAAGGCAAUGCGUUGUUUCCCAAGUAUUUCACCCCUUCUUUGGGAAGCACCUCACAGAACUAGGUACCUCAGAAGAUACUCUGGGAAACACUGGGAUGUUUAUGGAAGGAAGGACAGGCCAGGAGUCACUACAAACUAGUUAUACCAAACCAUCCUGUCUCUUUUAUGAGUACAGGAGUGCGAGAUGGUGGGUGUAACUCCAACUCCAGGGAUGGCCUGAGGAAGUAUUUCCCAACCAUACCAAGUUUUCAGACUCCACUGGAGUACUUAUUAAAAAUGCAGACGACGCCCUGGCUGGUGUGGCUCAGUGGUUAGCGUCGGCCUGCACACCAAAGGGUCUUGGGUUCAAUUCCUGGUCAAGGGCACAUACCAGAAACCUUUCAGUGCACAGGAUGCCACCCAACCAAGCCACCCAAGCCAGGGCCUAGUUUUGUGACUUUGAUGGAGACCUGGUAGGUAGCAGGGACAUCAGGCCAGUAUGGAGGGUUAUUAGGUAGUAAAGGUGAGCAUUGAUUGGCCUGAGUCAACGCAAGGCUGGAGAAGAUUCAAGAAUUCAUGGGCUUAAACUCAGGAUAUCAAAUGCGAGGAUAAAGAGAAGGUUCUCGAUUCACAUUCUGCCACAGUCGCUGACAUUUAUCGGGCUCCUACCACAGGCCAGGCCCCAUGAGCACUUUAUAUAUAGCAACUCAGUUUCCCCCCAAACCCUGAGGUAGGUAUGGUUUCGGUUCUCAUUUUGCAAAUGAGGGGGUUGGGUCUGAAAUUUAUGAACCCGUUGUUUACAGAUUCUUACACAGGGCCAUGCUCCGAACCCCAUGUCCUACCUCCCUUCCAGGUCACCCGUUUGGGACCAACAGAUUGUUAACAAAAAGUAGCUCCUCCUGAGGCUUUUCAUUGGGUGCAAGUUAAGAGUGGGGUUGGGGUGGGUGGAUGGACGGACUAAUAACCUCUUAGAGGUGGAACUGGCAGAAGUCCAGGGUUCAGAAAGGGAAAUGGACAAACAUCAGCCAGAGGGUCUUAGACCACAUGGAGAUUCCUGUGGGCCACCAUGUCCCCUUAGCCUCACAGCCAUCCAGAAGUACAUGAGACAUCAUCUCCACGUGAGAGCGGAAGCCGUGUUCGGUUACAUCCCCAGCCUGUUUCCCUACAAGACACUGUGGUUGAGUGUACCAUGCCCCAGGCACUGGGCAAGGAGCCUGGUGAACAGUUUUUGCGUGAAUCCGGGACAAGGAUUGUGAGCUCCAUUUUACAGAUGAGGCUGCUGCUGGGCAAGACGCUGCGUUCCCCAGCUCCAUUUGUCCCCCAAACUCGGGAUCCCCAGCCUCAUGCUCUGAAGGGGCCUCUAGGUGUAUUUUGUAAGCACAGUUGAGUGCUCUGGACUAGACGUAUCACGCCAAUCUUUUGAGGAACCAUCAGUAUUCUCGUUUUUCAUUUUAAGAUACAGAGAUUCAGAGAAACCCUUUGCCGAAGAUCACUGCAGUGUGUCUGGGGGUACAUUUCUUUUUAUUCAUCCUGCUUGACUGGUUGGGCUUAUUGGUUUUUUACCAGCCUGGAGUAAAGAACAUCUUUAAAUAUCUUUGCACUAUCCCUGCUUCUGAUUCUAGAAUGCCAAUUAAAUAUUUUUUCACUCUAUCCUCUAUAACUUUUCUUUAAAAUAAAAAAUAAUAUAUUGAUUUCAGAGAGGAAAGGAGAGGGAGAUAGAAACAUCAAUGAGAGAGAAUCACGCCCCACACGGGAUCGAGCCUGCAACCUGGGAAUGUGCCCUGACCAGGAAUCAAACUAUGACUUCCUGGUUCAUAGGUCAACGCCCAACCACUGAGCCACACCAGCCGGGCUAUAUAAACUUUUCUUUGCUACUUUGUGGACUUACCUCUGGUUUAAUAAAUCU